AUGGUCGAAUUCAACCCAUCUUCAAUCAGUAUAACAACUACCAAGAAGUCGUACACGUCAUAUCCCAACGGGUCGUACGCAAACACGUUUUUAGGGUCAGGGAACUUGGGUCCAGAUGUCAUGACGCGAAUCUUUAUGGCGUUGAAGUCUGGGAUUAAUUCAGAAAUUAAAUGGGCAUUAUCAACAGUUUGUCUGCUUUCAUUUAGUAGUCCUGGAUUUAUUAAUUUUGAGAAAUUCCCCUUCCUCGGCACAGAACUUAUAAAAUAUUUCAUACAACCAUUUAAAGUGUCUACAUCUAAUAGAACAGAAUUAAUUGAAAGAUUAAAUUUUAGUUUAGAUUCACUUUUAACUCUUCGAAAUGCUUCACAAGAUUUAAUUAAUCAACAAUGGUUAUCACUGGUUAAAAAUUUAAAGAAAAACAUUAUUACUGUUUUGAAAACCUUGAUUGGUUGGUACUAUUUAGGUACUACAGAUUCUACUCAAUCUUCAGAAUUAUAUGGUGAAGGAUUUAAUUAUUUAUUAGAUCUUAUUGAAACUCUUAGUUGUUAUUAUAUUGACAACACAAAGACAGAUCUGUUAUUCCAUUAUUUGAUUUCAAUUUUAUCUUAUUCUAGAGAUAAAUAUGUUAUUAUAAGUGUUGUUAAAAGUUUAGGACAUUUAUUAAUAAUAAGAGGUAAUGAAGAAAUUACUUCAAAUUGUAUUGAUUCAAUUUCAAAUGAUACUCUUGAACAAUUAAUUUCAUUUUUUUUACUUAAUGAUGAAGAACUUUCAUAUGCAGUUUUACAAUUCUUGAAAGAAUAUCUUUCAUCUGAAGCAAUUAAUCAAUCAUAUCCAACCAUUAAAGAAUCUCAACAAUGGAGACUUGAACAACUUUUAAACAAUAAUUCAAAUGUUAAAAUCUUAAUGAAACAACUUCCUCGAUUGAUAAUUACUAAUUUACCAUUGAAUGAUCCUAAAUUACUUCCUCAACUCCCUUCAUUAUCAUUAACCAAGAGAUCUUUACAUUCUAGUGUUCCAACUUUGGUUCCAGAACUUUCUCUGCAACUUUAUGAUAUCAUUGUAAAAUUCCAUGAACCUUUAAGAGCUUCAACUUGGUUAAGAUGUUGUUAUGAACCAGUAUAUACCAAUAAUACCACUGAAGGGGUAGAUAAAGAUCUUUCGGGAGAAGUAACUCAAAUUUCUCUUUGGAAAGCUUAUGAAAAGCAAUUUGAUAAAGUAUGGCAAACAAAAGAAGGUGAAAAGCAACCAGCUCAUUCCCAAUGGCCAAAACUUUUACCAGCAGUGGAUUUUAUUAAGAAUGUAAGUGCUGCAUUCCCACAUUCUCAAGCAAUGGUGGUUAAUAUUGAACCUGAAGAACCUGGUCAACAACCAAAACGUAAAUUUAUUAUCAAGGGAAUUCAACCACGUCAAUUUGUAGUAAAUAUUGAUGUGGGGAAUUAUGAUGCCUUGAAGCAAAAACCUAGAGUUGCCACUGAUUCAAAUGAUGAUGUAGCAGACAGUUCACUCCCGAUUGGACACGUUGACGUGGCCAAGUUUGACCAUGGACUUGAUUCUCUCUCCAGUUAUAUCACCAGCAACGGGUUGAACAAGGAGCAUCUCCCCAGUGUCAACAUGAUCAGUCUGGAAUUGAUGGAGUACAUAAUUGCCAGUGUAUUGGAAAAGGAAGGAGAUUCUCACUUUAUUGACAUUUUCCGGGAUGAAAACCUUUGGCUUAAAGAUUGGAUCUAUGCCAAUCCUAGUUUAAUAGAUGGUGGGAUCUUUAGUGAGAAGUGGUUGGAAUAUUUGGUAUAG